CCCUCUACGACAACGUACCUGGAGGGGUAGGAAAAAACUCCUGUCCAAUUGUGCCUGAGCUGGGUGUGACCCUUUAAAGAAUGUCAAACAAAGACAGGGAGAGGUAGCGAGGGAGAGAGUCUGCCUACUGAAUGGAGGGACUGUCACGCCUGUUGGUUUCCCACAGUCAACAUUACAUCAACAGCUCUAGUGAGGACAGGACCUACCUUACCUGGUUUCCCUACUGAGGGUGAGGACAGGACCUACAUUACCUGGUUUCCCUACUGAGGGUGAGGACAGGACCAACAUUACCUGGUUUCCCUACUGAGGGUGAGGACAGGACCUACCUUACCUGGUUUCCCUACUGAGGGUGAGGACAGGACCUACCUUACCUGGUUUCCCUACUGAGGGUGAGGACAGGACCUACCUUACCUGGUUUCCCUACUGAGGGUGAGGACAGGACCAACAUUACCUGGUUUCCCUACUGAGGGUGAGGACAGGACCUACCUUACCUGGUUUCCCUACUGAGGGUGAGGACAGGACCUACCUUACCUGGUUUCCCUACUGAGGGUGAGGACAGGACCUACCUUACCUGGUUUCCCUACUGAGGGUGAGGACAGGACCAACAUUACCUGGUUUCCCUACUGAGGGUGAGGACAGGACCUACCUUACCUGGUUUCCCUACUGAGGGUGAGGACAUGACCUACCUUACCUGGUUUCCCUACUGAGGGUGAGGACAGGACCUACCUUACCUGGUUUCCCUACUGAGGGUGAGGACAGGACCUACAUUACCUGGUUUGCAUAUUGAGGGUGAGGACAGGACCUACCUUACCUGGUUUGCAUAUUGAGGGUGAGGACAGGACCUACAUUACCUGGUUUCCCUACUGAGGGUGAGGACAGGACCUACCUUACCUGGUUUCCCUACUGAGGGUGAGGACAGGACCUACAUUACCUGGUUUGCAUAUUGAGGGUGAGGACAGGACCUACCUUACCUGGUUUGCAUAUUGAGGGUGAGGACAGGACCUACCUUACCUGGUUUGCAUAUUGAGGUUAACGGAGGAGCGGGUUUCAACUCGAGUCUGUCCGAAGCAACCGGUGGGAGUUGUAUGAGUGAGGUUGACGUGGAAUCGUCUCUUCAGGAUGAUUGACACCCUAUACGAGUGGAUCUGGUGGGACCGCUUCUGGCUGCCAGUCAACCUGACCUGGGCGGACCUAGAGGACCGAGAUGGGCGUGUCUACGCCAAAGCCUCUGACCUCUAUGUGACGUUGCCUUGCGCCAUAGCCUUCCUACUGGUCAGAUACCUGUUCGAAAGGUUGAUAGCCACGCCUCUAGCAGCCUCAGUGGGGAUCCAGGAGAAGGCCAGACUGAGAGUAGCAGACAACCCCAUCCUCGAACUCUACUAUCUCUCUCACUCCAGAAACCCUGGCCAGGCAGGUAUAGAUGGUCUCUCUAAGAAGAGCGGCUGGUGCGUUAGGCAGGUGGAGCGCUGGUUCAGAAAGAGAAGAAACCAGGAUCGUCCCGGAGUAGUGAAGAAGUUCAGAGAGGCGAGUUGGAGGUUUGUGUUCUAUCUGUUGGCGUUAAUUGGAGGAGUUGUGUCCCUGUAUGAUAAAGAAUGGUUUUAUGAUACGCGGGAAGUGUGGAAUGGAUUUCCAAAACAGACUAUGCUGGAUUCUCAGUACUGGUACUACAUCCUGGAGAUGAGCUUCUAUGGUUCUCUUCUCUUCAGAGUCACCUUUGAUGUCAAGAGGAAGGACUUUAAGGAACAGAUCAUCCACCAUUUGGCCACCCUGACACUGCUGUCCUUCUCUUGGUGUGUCAACUACAUCCGUAUAGGAACCCUGGUGAUGCUCAUCCACGAUGCCUCCGACGUCCUGCUAGAGUCUGCCAAGUUGUUUAACUACGCCAAAUGGGAGACAACCUGCAACAGUCUCUUUGUGGUGUUUGCCAUUGUGUUCAUGGUAACCAGACUGAUCAUCUUCCCAUUCUGGCUGAUCCACUGUACGUGGGUGUACCCCACACUCCAGUACCCCCCGUUCUUUGGUUACUACUUCUUCAACGUCAUGCUGGUGGUCCUCCUGUUCCUGCACAUCUUCUGGGCCUACCUCAUCCUGCGCAUGGUCAACAAGUUCCUCUUUGGCAAAAUGACCAGAGAUGAAAGAAGUGAUGAUGAGGAGGAUGGUGAAGAAAGCAGUCUGACUGAAGAGGAAAAAGAGGAGAGCAGUUAUUGUUACACCAACGGUUCUGGACUGGGCACAAAGGAGGGCAACAACGGCUGCUUCAGACACUUAUCUCUCUCGGAGAACGUCUGCCCAUCAAAAACCGUCUACUGACCAAGCUCGCGUCAUGAUUGGCGGAGCCCUGCACCAGAGGCAGGGAGUGGUGGGAUCAAGGUCAUAGGAGAAGCUGGAACAACACAAAACAGAUUCCAUCCCAUAUGGAAAAACAACAGCAAGCAGACAAACAUUUAGAUUAAGAUUUAUGACUCUAGAAAUUGGAGUGUAGCCUGGCAAAAAAAGAAAUACAUCACACACAGAAAGAGACCGUUUUUCUUGGCCUGUAGUUUCUUCUACGUCCAAACUCCUCUCAUCUUCAAGGAAAACAAUGUUGACGAUGGCACAGUUUCACAUGGAACCCUCCUCAGACAGCAAUGAGACAAAGACCAGAAAACCAAAACCAAAAAACACUAAAACCCUUGUGUUUUUGUUCAUCGUCAUAUUUAAUCUGUUCAGUAUUGUUGCAGAAAGGUGGUGCGCAAGCAUGUCGUAAAGCGGUGCCACACGGACGCUCCGCCUGAGCCCUUCAUCCAUCAAGGCCUGGCAAGGGUUUAUAGUUUAUGGGCUGCGUUCAUUCACUAGCGGCCGACAUGUUUUAUUUCAACCUCUGCUGGCUAUGGGGGUUAGUUAUGGGGGGGGUUGUGUCUCUACAAGUCCUUCUCAUCCCUCUCUCCUUCUCAUUCUCCUAUUCCCUUACAAAACCUUAAAUCACACCACUUCUACUUUUCCCACCAUGAUUCAUGUUGUAGGGAGUUUGUGUCUGUCUGUACCUGUCAGAGAGGAUGAAAGAGUGAGGUUUAUGGUCUUUCUUUCUUUCUUACUCUCUCUCUCCUACUCCCUCUUUCCUUCUCUCCUACUUCCUGACUCCUACUCCCUCUCUCCUUCAUUAACUACUCCCGCUCUCCUACUCCCUCUCUCCUUCUCCCCCCUCUCUCCUACUCCCUCUCUCCUACUCUCCUACUCCCUCUCCUUCUCUCCUACUCCCUCUCCUUCUCCCUCUCUCCUACUCUCUGUCCUCUCUUUCCUUUCAUCUCUUGCCACAAGCAUUUUUAUUGAAUACGAUCAACACUUUUUAGUACUUUAUGUACAUUUCCUCAGAUUUUUUAAAAACAACAUGCCAAUAUUUGGCUAAUUGAUUGACCCAUACAGUAACUAUGGUCUGUAUUUUACAAGUGCAUUUAUUUGAUGUAGUAUUUAAUCAUAUGAUUAAAUACUACAUCAAGAGAACGUGUGAGCCAGAGGAAAAAUCCUAUGUCGUUCAGAAUGCUGAAUAAACAUUUACGUAACAAUGAGACAAUGUUACACCUGUUUUAAUGAUUUAUGAGAACGUGUGAGCCAGAGGAAAGAUCCUAUGUCGUUCAGAAUGCUGAAGAAACAUUUACGUAACAAUGAAACAAUGUUACACUGUUUUAAUGAAGCACUGUAAAACAGGUUUCUAAAAGGUGAAGAUUGGGAUGUUAUAGUGAACAUCCCACUGUAACUAGAGCUCGAAAGAAAGGCAUUUCACUGUACUUGUGCACGUGACCUUGAAACUAUAACUGUCUAAUGUCGUGUGUUUUAUGUACUGCAAUAAACCUGUCUUCGACCAGCA